UUUCACUUCUACUCUGAUCUUGUGGGCUGUUGCAGUUCUUCCUUGCGAUAGCAGCAGUGCAACUGUCAGAUCGUUUCGGAAAUAGAAUUGUGAAGGAGAACUGAAGGUAAUGCCGUUCAUUGCGUCACGUUCACCCCCGAUCUCGAGACACGUGUGUUUUGAGAACUUCGUGGAUAUAACAGAUGAAGCGAUGCCCGAUUUACCCAUUCAGAGGAUGGAGCUGUUACGGAGGGCUGCGAGGCAGACAAAACUGCUUGUCAGAAAAAGGAAAAAAUCCAUAUCAGAAGAAAAUGGACUUUUUCCCAAUGGUUCACCACAAACGUCGAUUAUGUCGCCUGAGCGAUCUCUUUUACACGUCCAAGUUCCAAGAUCCCGGAGCCUAGAUGUUGGGGCGUUUACUCCUUUAUCAUUGUCUCUCUACGACGGAACGUCCCAAGUUACAAGCUCAUCUGUGAACAGACUAUCCUUCGAUGGUCAAAACUUGUCCCAAAGAGGCUUGCUGGUUCCCUUCAACUUAUCCAACGUACGAAAUAUGUCCGUGGAAUCUUUCAGUUCAGACGAGACAUGUGAUACACAAACAAGCGGCGACUUCAACGACAGAUUCCACGUUGUCCUCUACAAUAAGUUUGGAACACAGAGAGAUUACGCUGCCGGUAUUCUCGAUGCCAAAUCAGUUUCUCAUGUCUACAGCGGAGCGGUGCUAGUGACAGAUAUGCUUGACAGUAAAGUAGUGUUAUAUGAACGCAGCGGAAAGGCCAAAAGGACUUACAUGACAAGAGAGUGUACAGAGCCGUGGGGAGCGACCAUGACCCCUGAAGGGCAGGUGGCCGUGUCAUUCCGACGUCAACGUUGUGUGGCGGUGUGGCCAAAUGACGGACAGACGAUUGUUGAGGUUGGACAUGGGCUACUUAAAUGUCCAGCUGGUGUUGCAGUGGACAAAUCUGGGAGGAUAUUUGUUGCGGACGAAGAAGGAGAUGACGUUCUGGUGUUUGAUCAGACAGGAAAUGUCUCUUUAAAUUAUCAGAUUUCCGGGAGACGUGUUUCAAACAACCAAGAUAUGUCUGCUGUUCCAACUCUGGGCGUAUCAUAGUAUCAGAUUCGGGAC